ACCCAAACAAAGACGUAAAAGGAUUCUCAUCUUCUACUUCCGGUGGUGUUAGCCCCGCGCUGUUCCGCUGAGAAGAUGCCGAAGUUUUAUUGUGAUUAUUGUGACACAUACCUGACACAUGAUUCGCCAUCAGUCAGAAAGACACACUGCAGCGGACGGAAACAUAAAGAAAACGUAAAAGAUUAUUAUCAGAAAUGGAUGGAGGAGCAGGCUCAGAAUCUCAUCGACAAAACAACGGCCGCUUUCCAGCAGGGUAAAAUCCCCCCCACCCCGUUCCCAGGAGCCCCUCCACCUGGCGGAUCUCUGCUACCACAUCCAAAUAUUAGUGGACCUCCAAGACCGGGCAUGCUGCCAGCUCCACCCAUGGGUGGUCCUCCUAUGAUCCCUAUGAUGGGUCCCCCUCCUCACGGCAUGAUGCCUGGAGGACCAGGUCCAGGUAUGCGGCCACCGAUGGGUGGACCUAUGCAAAUGAUGCCCGGGCCACACAUGAUGCGACCUCCCGUUCGGCCAAUGAUGCAGGCCAUUAGACCUGGAAUGGUGCGACCUGAUCGAUAAAGCCACCAUGCUAUGAUUACUAACCCGAUAUCCAUAAAAUAAAAAAAAGACUCAGCCAAAUAUCCACACUGGUUUUACAGUCGAUCUAACAGUUUUAUUGUCCAUUUGGAUUUUAUUAUGUCUGCGAUUCAAAAAAUGUUGAUUCAUCGAGUGAUUUGGAUUACCACAAGUUCUUGUAAAAUCUUCCAUCGGCUUUCAUUUCAUAUUUCUGACAGACCAUCAUGUAUUGUGUAAGAGGUUUGUGUAUGAUGUGCAUUUAUUACGUUGAUGGAUGUUUUGGUUAUGUACUGUUAGGUGGAUUUUACAUCUUUUGUUUUUUUUAUGUAUUUUGUGAAAAUAAAACUAAAAACUUGAAAAUCUG